GUGCUUUCAGGUGACAUUCUGUACUUUGACGAUCACGCGUACUUAUACUUCAAGGACCGAAUCGGCGACACCUUUCGAUGGAAAGGUGAAAACGUGUCCACCAAUGAAGUGGAGGGCAUCGUGCAGCGCAUCUCUGGCCUUACCGACGCUACUGUAUACGGCGUCGAGAUUGUGGGAUCUGAGGGUCGUGCCGGCAUGCUUGCCAUCGUUGAUGUCAAGAAGACCAUCAACAUCGAAGGAUUCUACUCGCUUCUUUGCAACUAUCUUCCCCGGUACGCCGUUCCAAUUUUCAUACGCUUCUGCCAGGAAGUGGAAACGACCGGUAAGUCAAGUGGGAUCAAACUUUUUUCUCUCACUUUCGUUCACUAUCUUAGUCUUCCUGUGGCAUCAUUGAUU